AUGUCAAGAGAUAUUAUGUGGGCAGAGCAGAGAAUGAAACGAUACUACAACAGAUCAAAAACUUUUAACAUCAAGAGCAAGCGACCAAGCAACAAGCUCGACAUAGUCAAAUUUAGACUAUUCACGAUUAAGGAAAAACUCGCUAAUGAUAACUAUAAACUCCAAUUACCAGCCAGAAUGCGCAUACACCCAAUAUUUCAUAUCUCAUUACUGGAACCUACAAAAAACCCAGAAAACAGUGAUGAAGAAGCAGAUAAAGAAGAAUACAAAGUUGAGAAACUACUUGAAAGAAAGUUAGAAAAGAGACAAAUCUAUUAUUUGGUUAGAUGGAAAGGAUACGGACCAGAGGACGAUACAUGGGAACCUAUUAGGAAUUUGAAUUGCCCUGAGAAGAUUCGGGAAUUCCGGCAAUCAGUUGGUCAAGGAAAGAAUUAUCCAGGACGGAAGGAUCGAAAGCCUCGAUAUCAGCAGAAGAAGGAAAUUCAAAAGCAGCAGUUAAGUUUUGACGAGCUCUAA